GCUGCAUGUGGCAAAGUUGAACUAACAAAUGCUCGUUUGGUGUUUUCAUGUCUCGAUCCCAACGCAUAAAUCCCGGGAGUCCCCCUCCUCCGAUUCCCCCGACUGAUGAUCCCUACGCUCCGAUUCCAUCAACUUUUUCCAGUUUGUAGACCAUACACUUAUUGUGAGCAUAACCUGUGGCAGCAUAAUCUCGGAAUACCCCCAAUCCGCAGCAAGCCGUCUUCCCAGUUCGAAAUGGCGUCCUUUGAGCCGGUAUCUGAAGGAGACUGGGAACGACACAAGGAUGUUAUAAAGGAAAUGUACUGCAAGGACAAACGCCCCCUCUUGAAUAGGAAAAAGGAUGGCAAUGAGCCAGGUGUUGUUGAGCUGAUGCGACAGAGACACGGGUUUUCCGCCAGCCCCUCUCAGUACGAGCUGCAGUUCAAGAAAUGGGGGUUCACCAAGAAUCUCAAAAGCAGUGAAUGGGUGGCUCUCAUUGCACAAUAUGACCGACUUCGACAGACUAAGAGCGAUGUGCGGAUCACUAUCUCUGGCUCAGUCCUUAACAAGAACAAGAUUGACAGAGCACGGAGACGCUAUAGGUCUGACCGCAUCGGAAUUCAAGGCGCUGGUUGCAAAGGUGGCUCUCUGCCAGCUUCUCGUCAAGCCCAUGUCGAGUUCCUGGAUGACUCUGGCGAGUGGACAAAAAGCACCGAAUCUGAGGUUGAGACUUCAAGUUCGACUUCUGUGAUACUCCGGAAAAACAGUCACAUUGCGGUAGACGCGAGUCUUGAUGUCAGAACUCGACCUAAGACACCACCGUUAGGCACAGAUCCAUCUCUAUCGCAUUACGAGCAACCAGUGGACCUCGCUCUUUCGUGUCCUGACGCCUUCUCAGGCUAUGAGCCAUUCAGCCCCAUCAUUAACCUCGACGAGAUUCUUACACUUCCCAUCUUCGAUGUGGAUGAUUGUCCUUUCACCAACCUGGCAUCCAGCUCCAGCAACCUCCAUGGCCAGUCCCGGCUCUCAGCGAUCUGUCCCGGCCCCACCGCGAACUCCAUCUCUGCGUCGCAUUCUGAAUCAAGUGACCAACAAAUAGUCCUCGGAAGAGAUGAAACUAUCACAACGAGUCGCUUGGACGGGGCCAGAACUUUGAUAACGUCUUUGGUCCAGCACAGCAGAUCGACAUCGUCCUACACAACGGGUGCACCCACAGAAGCAGAGAUACCAGGCGUGGAAGAGACUAUUGAGAGCUUGGAAUCACUGGUACCAGAAGACGUGACGCCAUCAUCAGUAAACUCUGACUCAACGUUGAGCACCAAGGGUUCCUUCCAAAGCUCAGACCUAUUCAGGACCUUGCUUUACUCGUUCAAGAACAACUUCGCUGGCCUCCGUGAUAUCCCCCGGGCCUCUAUCAUGCAGCUGAUCAGAGACCAUCAUGACAUCCGCAUCCAGUUGUUCGAUAUCAUCAAAGGCGGAGAGCCCUGCGUCGCAAAGCCGCUGGCAGAUAGCUUCUUCCGGGCAGCAGUCGAAGGCAGCGACGCCAACGCCGUCACUACGAUCAUUCACCAUACCAAGUAUAAUCCAAGAAUCGCCAUCAAUCCAGAUGAUGUCGUUUGUAGGUAUGAAGAGGACGAUUAUACACCGAUUGAGCUGGCUUCGAAGUUCCGAAACACGGAACUGGUGCGGACCCUUCUGGCAGCGGGAGCAGAUCCGAACAAAACACACGCAUCGAAUCACGAUGGAGCCCUUGGACUUGCGCUUGGUCGAUGGGACAACGGGAGUCAAUAUCCGUUUCAGCCUUCGCCUCCCGGGGAGCCAGAACCCGUCAACCCCUGUCUUUUGAAGUUGCUCCUUGAUUCCGGCGCUGAAGUCCACAUCGACUUACUCGAGGACGCCAUGCGGCCAGGCCCUGGCCACACGGCAAUCGCCGAGGAGCUACUUUCACGUCUGUCAGCAAGCAGACAUCAGAUGUGCUUCCAGAGCCAAUGGCUCCUCGUCAGUGCCGUCCAUUAUUUGGAGAACAGCAACGUGAAUGGGAUGGUCAGAGCUUUGUUCGCCCACUGUUCCAUGUCACAGGGUUGCGGAAAAUGCGUAUCAGAGAACCCCAUACUGAUUGAGAAACUGCUUUGCCACGCGGCAAGACGAGCGAAUGUGGAUCUUGUCAUGUUUCUCGUGCAGCAUACAUCGCAACUACAAUCGGGUCUGGCCGCAGCCAUCAGGGCUUCCAGUGACGAACUGGUCGAGUUUCUUCUCAAUCAGGGGGCUCGAGUUGGUGACCCUGUGACAUCUUGGCAGGAUUGUAAUUCGGAAUGUUGCCCAGAUUUAUAUGAUGAGUGUGGGUACGAUCGACAAAUAUUGCCGGGCAUUCAGCAUCACAGCCACGACUAUGUGAUCACCCCGAUCAGGACGCCUCUCGCGGAGGGGAUUCGAUCCAGGAAUGACCAUCUGAUCAGAACUGUCGAAAGGCUUGGAGCACAUACUCGACUCUCUGAUAAGCAUCAUUUCCAUGCGGCUGUUGUUGCUGCAGCUGAAGUCGGCAACAUCUCCUACCUGAGAAUGGUACUCGACCAUGCUUGUAAUGACAAUGAGGGAUCGCGUUUGGCGCUCGCCUUAGCAGUUGCCAUCCGGAAUGAGGAAACAGACGCCGCGCUUAUGCUCUUAGAUGCUGGAGCAGACAUGGACGCGUCCAAGCUCAGUCGCAUGCACGGCGAUCCAUUUAUCCUUGCGCUGGAGCGUUUCAACCAACGUGUUGUUGAUUCUAUGCUUGAAUGUGACAUUACAUUGAUGUCUAUUUCUCAUCCUAAUAACAAGUCGGCACUCGAAGCUGCAGCUGCCUGGUGUGACAUCGGCCUGAUUAAGGAUUUGUUGCAAUUGGGCGCGGACCUCAACCUUGGGAUCAAGGCGACACCACUGGGUGCAGCUGUCAAAACCAGGAACAAGAACUUUGUUUCCCAAAUCUUAGACCUUGGAGCUAAACCUGAGGCGGAGCCGCGCGACCCAACUGGAAUAACGCCUCUCCGGGCAGCUAUUGAGAUCGGCGACUACGAAAUUGCUCGAUUGUUGAUUUCUAAAGGCGCCCCAUCAGCUGACAACUGUGCUUUCCUAUAUGUCAUGAGCCAUGAUCCAGUGGGGUACGAAUAUCUUCUAUCUGAGUUCAAAACACAAUAUCCGCACGGCCUCCCUGGGUUUGGUUAUCAACUCCUCGCUCGAGCCAUCGAACUCGAUAGUCGUCCUUUGAUGGAGUCUUUACUCGAGGCAGGGGUAGAUGUGAAUAGCUGGGGACCGAUGUUUGCAAGGAGUUUCCAAUCGAAAGUCUCAGGCGUAAUCAGUUUCGGUCACAGAUCCAGGGUUUUAGGAGUCGCCAUCCAGCAUCGCAAAGCACAGAACUAUGAUCUAAUACGCGAAUUGUUACGCAGAGGCGCCAAUGCUAAUCUGAUAGUAUAUGAAUACAAACACGCCACCGUCUCUGGGUUGAUUUGGUUCCGAAAGACGCCGCUGCAUCUCGCCAUCGAGUCGAAGAAUCUCCAAGUCGCCCGCGUGCUCAUUGAACACGGUGCCGAGAUCAAUCGCCCUGCACGCCGCGGAAUCAAGCAAACACCACUGCAAGCCGCCUGUGAGAUUGGCAGCUAUAGCAUGGUGGAGUUCCUCCUCAAGGAGGGGGCGAGGGUCAAUGACGCAGCGGCCGAGAGACACGGAGGAACAGCCUUGCAGCUGGCGGCGAAAAGUGGGAGUCUCAAGAUAGUCAGGCUCCUGCUCGACAACGGGGCUGAUCUCUUCAUGCCAAAGUCGAAGGUUGGGGGUCGAACGGCUUUUGAGGCGGCGGCUGAGAGUGGUUGCAUCGAUGUUCUUUGCCAGCUCUGGAAUGCCGUCCUCCCUCUUGGAUUCAGUGCCAAGGAAUGCCAAAGUGCGAAGGAGCUUGCUAGGCAGAAGGGUCAUAGGGGCUGUGUUGACUUCAUUGAUUUUCUCGGUGGUGGGUCUUCUCAGCCUUACUUACAAGGAUGAUGUGGUUCAGCUGGUGUUUCGAUGAGAAGGGCAUACUAGUAUCUCUAUCUCUGUUGCAUCACGAAUUUUCUGGGAAACAGAUUGUGCUCAUGAUUUCUGGACCCCUACGUAUCCUACUUUGCGCAUUUUUCCUACGCCAGGCCGGUGGUAACAGCCUGGAUUGCGCAGAUAGCAAAUUCAAUAUAAAUAGAUUCACAUCUACUAA